CUAUUUUUUGCUGACUUUAAGCCCUUGAACUUGUAAAAGUGGGAAACCGUGGCCCUUUUAGCCAGUUUCUCCGGUUUUGCAACCGGAGGACCAAUUCACACGAAUACAAAUGUGCUUCUUCAAAGGGCAUUUUUGUCCGCAUAUUCUAAGCAAAAAAGGCACUUUUACCUAGACAAAAAGGGCAUUUUUACCGCCGAAUCCACCCUCGUAUGGGGUGGCAGAGAACGAAGGGACCGGGAAAUUGAGGAUGACGGGAGUCGCCGAGAGGGACAACGUCGACGUUUUGAGGCUGGCGACGAAGAGGGGGACCCGGAUUGUGGCUCUCUACGUUAAAAACCCGGCUGCAUCCCUCACUUUGCUCUACUCCCACGGCAACGCUGCUGAUCUGGGCCAGAUGUAUGACCUCUUCAGCGAACUCAGCCUUCAUCUACGCGUCAACUUGAUGGGGUGCUCUCUUUUUUGGCUACACCCAGUUGUUUUCAGACCAUUCAUGCAGGGUUGUGAUGGAUCAAUAUUGCUUGAUGAGACACCUACUAUUCAAAGCGAAAAGACUGCACGGCCAAACAAUAAUUCAACAAGAGGAUUUGAAGUCAUAGAAGCUGCAAAACGCGAAGUUGAGAAGAUAUGCCCUGGAGUUGUUUCUUGUGCAGACAUACUUUCAGUUGCAGCAAGAGAUGCAUCAGUUGCUGUUGGCGGUCCGACAUGGCAAGUAAAGCUUGGAAGAAGAGAUUCAAUCACUGCAAGCCGUUCUGCUGCAGAAAGCAAUCUGCCAAGCCCUUUUGCUAACCUAAGAGAUCUUAUUUCCAAUUUCAAAAACAAAGGACUUAGUGCAAGGGAUAUGGUUGCAUUGUCGGGAUCGCAUACAUUAGGACAAGCUCAAUGCUUUGUUUUUCGCAACAGAGUUUAUAGUAACGGGACAGACAUUGAUGCGGGCUUUGCAAGCACCCGUAGGCGCCAGUGCCCACAAGCCGUUGGAAAUGGUGACAGUAACCUAGCACCACUUGAUUUGGUCACUCCGAAUUCGUUUGACAACAAUUACUUCAAGAAUCUAAUGCGAAAGAAAGGCCUCCUCAUAUCAGACCAGGCUCUCUUCAGUGGAGGAUCAACUGACAGUAUUGUCUCCGAAUAUAGCCGAAAUCCUAGAACCUUCCUGUCGGAUUUUGCUUCUGCCAUGGUUAAGAUGGGAGACCUUGAACCACUCACAGGUGCAAGUGGAAUCAUAAGGAAAGUUUGCAGUGCUGUGAGCUAAAGUAUUGCAAGUGCAGAUUUAUUGCAUCGUCAACAUCGAACACUUCCCGUACAAGAAAGUUUUAUUUGUUAGUCCUGAGUUCAUUCUUUGAUUCAUUUAUUCAUUGAUUUUGCAAGUGUAUAUCUACCUUCCUUCCAUUGCCCUGUAGUUAUGGCUGGUUAUAAUAAUUUGUAAACCUCAAGAUUGUAAUAUCUCACACAAAUAAACUUUUUUCCCAAAUAU